GGGUGAUCCAAGUUGCCGUACGCUGCCCGGAGGCUGUGAGCAUCAGAGCAAGGUGCCGGGGAGCGGCAAAAGGACCCUCUCCGCCCGCCACCCGUCCCUCAUCCUCGACGGACAGACAGACAGACAGAAUGGGUCCAAGAGGAUCUCUCCUGCUAGGGGCAGUCGUCGUCAGCUGCCUCCUGCUGGGAGCGACAGCACAGACGCCAACUUGCGCAGAGGGAGGAACACUAAGGAAUUUUGAGGAAGUUGAGACCCUCUCAGAUCUGCUGGAUCAGACGGUGGGUGACUGGGUCGGAACAGAAGAGCGUUUGACGCCGGUCUGUGUGGCCUUUGUUUGGUUCAGGAAAUCGAGGUUGGUGGCCUAGCUUUCAACAUAUCUGGGUUUGUGGACGUGUGCUCGGAGGGCAUCAGCAAGAAUCUCAGCGACCCAGAGGUGGUUAACACCAUCUUCGCCUUCACCGACGCAGCACUCGACCAAAUCGUCGUCAACGCGCCAACAUCAGGCUCCGUCGAACAGGUGAGUGGAUGACCAAACUGGCCAGACAGACAAGGGAGGGGCUCACACACGACACAUGUGUGUUGGUCUGGGCUUUGGUUGCAGUUCUGCCUGUACCACUUUGUGGAGGGCAAGAUUUGCCCGGAAUUAUUCAAGCCCGGCACAUCGCUCAUCCCGUCAGAGGACUGUCGGACCCUCCCUGACAUACUGGGCGGCGGCGACAAGUGCGCAGAGAUCGCCGUCACAAGGAUCGAGCAGAGAAGACGGCUGCAAGAGGGCGAAAAGGAGCAUCAUUAUGGCUGGAGGCGAGUGGACAUCCCCAUUCUGCCGGAGGAGGAGUCUGGGAGCGUUGCGCAGCAAGAAGGCGGCACGGCGCUCUCCUUGACGAAUGGCGGGCCCGGCCGAAAGAACGAGCAAAUUGUGAUUGUCAAGGACGGCUAUGGCCCCGGCGGCAUGGAAGGAACGGGUCUGAGUGUGGAGCCGACCGUCAUCGGCCGCCCCGCCCGCGUGAUUGCUAUUGGGGAGGCCGCGAAUGGCGUGGUUUACAUCAUCGACGCCGUGCUCGAGUCGCCCGCACUCCCGAGGAACCUGCUUUUCCAGCGGCCGCCAGAGGGCGAGACGCUGUACUUCCAAAAGUCAUCAGGUCAGUUAGUACAGUCUGUCGACAACAGGAGGAGCAGAAGCAGACACGAUGGUGUGGUGUGUCUAUGCCAUGAAUGUGAUGUGCAGGUCCGCCGUGCCCGCCUACGAAGGACUACGACUGCCCGAUCAACGCCUUUUGCAUCGCGGGUGUGUGCGAGUGCGACGUGGACUUUGACGCCGCGUUUGCCAACAGCAAGCAGGCGUGUCUUCGGUCCGACACGUGCCGCAACUGCAACCGUAACAGUGUGUGUAUGCGCAACUCGCUCCUGCAGCAGUACUUCUGCACCUGCCUGCCCGGCUACUUCGGACAGGUACCUACACCGGCACAUAUAUCCAAGGACCGGAGCAGCUGUAUACGGACACACGUGUGUCUGUCUAUCUUGUUGUGUUGUGUGUGCAGGGUAUCGACUCUGACGGUGACACCAACUCAUGCGGCAAGCCCAACCCCAUCGACACGAACUCAUCCAAGACCGAAAUCACAUACGCCGACAAGACACCCAAAUUUGACGGGGACACCUUCCCCCCCAACAAGCUCCUCUCAGAGGUCGACAGGUUCUUCGGCAGCAGGCGGGGGCAGUGAGACGAGACAGGCAGACACAUGCAUGAUGGGG